AUGACGACCCAAUUCCACCCCGCGGAUGCUGCCUCAUUGAAGGACAAGGUUGUGGUACUCACAGGAGGCGCACUUGGUGUCGGUGCGUCGCUCGUCCGCAUCCUGCACUCCGCCGGCGCCCACAUUUUUUUCGGCGACCUCUUAGACGAGCCCGGGCAGGCUCUCGAGAAGGAACUCUCGAAGGAUGGUAAAAGCAGGGCCAAGUUUGUCCACUGCGACGUCACACAGUACUUGGACAAUGUUCGCCUCUUUGAAACAGCUUAUGCAGAGUGCGGUCGUAUCGACCAUGCAAUUGCAAAUGCCGGGCUUGGUGAGCAGGGCAAUAUGUUCGACCCAGAACUUACACCAGAGAGCGUGAAGGAGGAGCCUGUAAAGUCUGUGAAAGUCGCAGACGUCAAUCUGAAGGGCCCACUGUACUUCGCACGACUCGCAAGCGUAUACCUUCGACAACAGUCCUCGCAAGAUGGGACCUCAACGGAUAAAAGUCUCACCCUCGUAAGCAGCGUGGCCGGUUUUCGCGAAGAUCCAGGCUUGUACGUAUAUGUCGCCAGCAAGCAUGGUGUGUUGGGCUUGAUGAGGUCACUGAGAGUGUACGUCCAGCUUCCUGCUAAACCUAACCCCAUCCGAACAAAUGCCAUCUGCCCCUGGAUGACCCGCACGCGCCUCGUAGCCGGCAUUGAGUCGACAUGGGAAGCAGCCGGCCUACCCUCGAACUCAGCCGAAGAUGUUGCACGCGUUAUCGUCGGCGUGCUGGCAGAUGGUAACCUCAGUGGUGGGACCAUGUACAUCGAGGGCGGUCGAGCCUGGAAUAUCGAGCAGGGUCUGUUGAAGACACGGCGAGAGUGGCUUGGCGAACGGCAGGAGGCCGAGCUGGACCGCGGUACGGAGUUGAUGGGCGGCGGUGGGCAUUGGAUCGAGAACAAGACAUCGCAGGUUUAGGCUUACCUCCGACCUCUUUCUUGGCUUCUUGCUCAUGUGUUCCGUUAGCAGGCAGCUCGAUCAGAACUCUUUGGAUCGUGGGAUGUAGACUAGUCAUCAGCGCCGUCAGGUCGAUGCUUGAAGGUCCUGUUCGCGCAACGAGCAACAGUAACGGUGGGUCGUGAAACUCCAUUAGCCUUCACCCUACUUCGUGCAUCGCAAACUGAACAGAGAAUGCGGUCUUUGAACACGGAGACCUGGAUGUACCUGUACGUGGAGUGUGUUAGCGGAGAGAAUGCAGGACGGUCCUCACCUCGCGAAAAGAGGGGCGCGAGCAUCGAAUGAGCGCAGAGCGCUGGGAUGAAAUCCGUCACUGGCGAGUAAAGUGUCUCCAGAGAGCGAACGUGCUCCGCUAG